CUUCCGGUGCGCGGAGCGGCGGCGGCGGCAGCGGCGGCAGUGGGGACGGCCGGCACGAUGCGGUUCCCGCGGCUCCUGCUGUGCCUGGGCGUGUGGGCGCUGUGUGGCUCGGCCAAGCCCACGGAGCGCAAGGAGCGCGUGGUGCGGGAGGCCCCGCUCAGCGCCCGCGAGCACGACGACGCCCAGAGCUUCGACUACGACCACGACGCCUUCCUGGGCGCCGACGAGGCCAAGAGCUUCGACCAGCUCACCCCGGAGGAGAGCAAGGAGCGCCUGGGGAAGAUUGUAGGGAAAAUAGAUGAGGAUGGAGAUGGGUUUGUGACAGUGGAGGAGCUGAAGGCCUGGAUCAAGUUUGCCCAAAAGCGCUGGAUUUACGAGGAUGUGGAGCGCCAGUGGAAGGGGCACGACCUCAAUGAGGACGGGCUUGUGUCCUGGGAGGAGUACAAAAAUGCCACCUAUGGAUACAUCCUGGACGAUCCGGACCCUGACGAUGGCUUCAACUACAAACAGAUGAUGGUGCGGGACGAGCGGCGCUUCAAGAUGGCCGACAAGGACGGGGACCUGGCCGCCACCAAGGAGGAGUUCACGGCCUUCCUGCACCCCGAGGAGUAUGACUACAUGAAGGACAUCGUUGUGCAGGAAACCAUGGAGGACAUUGACAAGAACGGUGAUGGUUUCAUUGACCUGGAGGAGUACAUCGGUGACAUGUACAGCCAGGACGGUGAUGCUGAUGAGCCUGAGUGGGUGAAGACGGAGCGGGAACAGUUCGUGGAGUUCCGGGACAAGAACCGGGAUGGGAAGAUGGACAAGGAGGAGACCAAGGAUUGGAUCCUGCCCUCGGACUACGAC